AUAUCGGUUUUGGCCCGGUUGUGUGUUUUGUUGCAAACAAAGUAGGACUCUCACCCCGCAGAGGCCAAAUGGACUAACCAGCUCGUUUUGUUUUGUUUUUAUUCGUAGUUCUAACAUAUCCGCAUCGAACUACGCAGAAAUGGGUCCGGGAUAAAAAGCGAGAAUACAUAUUCUUUUAGAAACACCGCGGACUACAGGGUUUGGAGUGCGGGCUGGAGGCGGCGGGCCGCGGCUGCGAAGGAGCUUAGCAGCCGGUCGAAGCGGAGACGGAGGGACUCGCCUGCUAUUGUGCGCUAAGACGGAAUUAUCGCCAUAUUGAAGCCUCGUCCCUACCCCUUACCACCCUUCCCGAUUCUGUUCUGGGAGUAUUCAGACCAGUAUCAUCGCCAAGAUAGCCGGGCCGGGCAGGAAGAGGCACACCUCAGAUCCAGACCCCAGCAGCGGCAGUGACUCCGGUGACGGGCGGCCUGUUAGUGCCAAGUGCCUGAAGAUGGCCAGCAGCAGUGGCAGCGGUGUGGCCGGUAGCGAGACGUCGGGCCGCCGCGGCGGCGGGGCUCAGCAGAGAGGGGUCGGCGGCGGCGGCGGCGGCAGGGAAAACGCCUCCGACCUCUCCUCCAGCACCAGCAAGAAGAAGCAGAAGGACCGGGCCAACCAGGAGAGCAGAGAGGCCAAGAGGGCGGCAGCUGCAGCCGCCGCAGCGGCAGACGGGGUGAUAGCGGAGGUCAAGAAAGAUGUGUUUGUGGACUGGAAGCAGAACGUGAAUGAAGUGACGGUCAGACUGCGCUGUGGGGAAGGUGUGCAGAGGAUAGAGGACAUCAACACCACCUACACAGACACGCACUGUCACGUGAGCUUCCCAGAUGGACGUGAGUGGAACUGCCAGUUACAGGAGGAAAUUGAGGCUUCAUGUAGUAAAGUGCAGUACAAGGAGAAGGGAGGUUUCCUGCAUCUCAUCAUGCACAAAAAGAUUCCCUUUCACAUUUGGCCUUCUCUUAAGUCCAACAAGAAAGAGAAGGAAGCCGUCCCCUCAGAGACCAAAAACGACGCCAGGCCCGUUGCCUUGGAGCCGUCGCAGAAACCCAAACUGUCAUCACCGCAGCCACAACUGCAACCUCAGCCUCCCUCAUCGCCUGCACACAGCGAGCCGAGGCGCAGCGCUGGAAAAGCUGAGCGGGGCAUCAAGCGCUGCCUGAAAAACAAACCAGCGUGCGACAAGGCCGCCACAGACUCUGUAGGGGCAAAAGGCGAAGCUGGAGACGGCUCGGCCGCCGGCACCAAACCCGUUAACGCCAUAACAGCCGAGCAGCAGCAGCAGCAGCCUCGGGAGCCCAGCGCCAAGCGCACCGUCGUACGGCUGCCCAAGGCCGGCAAGGAGGCCGCGUCGCCGGCAGACAGAGCGGCAGCCUCCGUCAAGUCCACAGCAACCACGCCCGCUGGUCGGAGCCCACAGACGCAACGCAGAGACGGAGACAACAGAGCGGACAGACCAGGCAGAGGUCAGGAUCAGGGACUGACCGCAGCUUCCAGCCGAACCAACAGAACUCAGCUGGCAGAGAAACAGAGCCAGUCUUCAGACAGGUCUGAAGUCGGUGAUACUCAGCCAGCGGCUCCCGUCAGCGCCAGCGACUGCCUCCAACCCGGCGGCUUCAACGAGAAAGCGGACUCUGCUUCUCCCCAAAGGCCGGAAGACAGAACAGAGUCUGAGCUGGACAGACCACCUGUUGAGCAGGAGUCUGCGCAGGAAACUCAGAGCCACCAGCAGCCUGGAUCAAGAGCAGCGGUACCAGUACCGGUACCGGCACCAGUACCUGCACCUGUGACUGAUGUGGCUGCCAAACAAAGCCAGUCCUCCGGUCUGUUUCCCAAGCAGAUCAGUUGUGAGGGAGAAGAAAAGCGGGACCAGUCGAAAGAAGAGCCUCCUCUGGAGAUGAAGCAGCAAGAAGUUCCAGAGCCGAUGGUCAACCUGCAGUUAGUGAAGAACGACUCGUACGAGAAAGGCACGGACCUGAUGGUGGUCAAUGUUUACAUGAAGGGGAUCUGCAGGGACACGGCCAAGGUCAUCUUCAGGGAGCAAGACUUCACCCUCAUCUUCCAGACGAGUGAUGCUAACUUUCUGCGGCUUCAUUCAGACUGUGGACCAAACACAGUCUUCAAGUGGCAAGUCAAACUCAGGAACCUGAUCCAGCCUGAGCAGUGCAGCUACUCGUUCACCCCGUCCCGCCUGGACAUCACACUGAAGAAGAGGCACAGCCAACGCUGGGGGGGUCUGGAGGCCCCGGCCACACAAGGUGCAGUGGGUGGCGCCAAGGUCGCUGUGCCCUCCGGUCCUGCCUGCAUGGAGAAGAGCCAGCCAGGCAGCAGCCAGCACAGCCUCCCGGCUAAGGAGGAACCUCCCAGGGUUGGGGAGGAAAAACCCAAGGCCCCUAAGGCCUCGUCCAGGGUCGAGGAUGGCGGUCUGGAAACUGUGGCCUCUCGUACCGUCUCCGAGCACGUUGCCAUCACCAAGCAAGAGCCCACUGUUGCAGCGCCUAAGCCCACCUGCAUGGUGCAGCCCAUGACCCAUGCACCUCCUGCCAGCAACGAACGCCUUGAGGAGGAGGAGGAGAAGAAGGUGUGCCUGCCUGGUUUUACAGGAUUGGUCAACCUUGGCAACACCUGCUUCAUGAACAGCGUCAUCCAGUCCCUGUCCAACACCAGAGAACUCAGGGAUUACUUUCACGACCGAGCAUUUGAAGCAGAAAUCAACUGCAAUAAUCCGCUGGGGACGGGAGGCAGACUCGCCAUCGGCUUCGCUGUGCUGCUCAGGGCGCUUUGGAAAGGAACACACCACGCCUUCCAACCCUCAAAACUCAAGGCGAUUGUGGCCAGCAAAGCCAGUCAGUUUACUGGUUACGCCCAACACGAUGCCCAGGAGUUCAUGGCGUUCUUGCUGGACGGACUCCACGAGGACUUGAACCGCAUCCAGAAUAAACCGUACACUGAGACGGUCGACUCGGAUGGACGACUAGAUGAAGUGGUGGCAGAAGAGGCAUGGCAGAGGCACAAGAUGAGGAAUGACUCCUUUAUAGUGGAUCUCUUCCAGGGACAGUUUAAAUCCAAGCUUGUGUGCCCCACAUGCUCUAAGGUGUCCAUCACCUUUGACCCUUUCCUCUACUUGCCUGUCCCGUUGCCCCAGAAACAAAAGGUGCUCUCAGUUUUCUACUUUGCUAAGGAACCUCAUAAAAAACCCAUCAAGUUUUUGGUCAGCGUGAGCAAGGAGAACUCCAGCACUGCUGAAGUCCUCGAGUCCAUUUCCAGGAGCGUGAGGGUCAAACCUGAGAACCUCAGACUGGCAGAGGUUGGGAAGAACCGCUUCCAGCGUAUGUUCCUUCCAUCCCAUUCCCUGGACACAGUUUCCCCCUCUGACAUGUUGUUCUGCUUCGAGGUGCUCUCCAAAGAAAUGGCCAAAGAGAGGGUGGUAGUGCUCAGAGUGCAGCAGAAACUCCAAGUCCCAAAUAUCCCCAUCUCAAAGUGCGCUGCCUGCCUGAAGCCUCCAGUGUCUGAGGAAGACAAGCUGAAGCGCUGCACUCGCUGCUAUCGUGUGGGCUAUUGCAAUCAAGUAUGUCAGAGGACCCACUGGCCCAAUCACAAAGGUUUGUGUCGACCCAACACAGAGAACGUGGGCCUGCCUUUCCUGGUCAGCGUCCCAGAGUCACGACUCUCCUAUGGCCGCCUCACCCAGCUACUAGAGGGUUACUCCAGGUUUUCCGUCAACGUGUUCCAGCCGCCUUUCCAGUCGGGCAGAACGUCCCCUGAAGCCUCCCAGUCCCGUGUAGAUCUUCCCUCGGUGCCGGCGGGUUCUCCUGAGGGUCCUGAGUCUGGGGACGAGGCCGUGGGUGGCAGCGGUUCUGUAGGAGCCGACGGCCUGGAGCCGGAGGGCCCCUCUCCUCAGCCUGAAUCCCAGGCAGAGUGCGCUCAGGCCUCGGCCGUCCACUCGGGGGAGUCGGACUCCCUCUCCUCCGGCACACGGACCGCGGACUCAGGAUUCUCCGAGCCCAUCUCCUCCUCGUCCUGCUGCUCCAUGGACCCUCACGCUGAAAAAGAGACGUCCUGCGAGAAGACGGUGCGACCGGAAGCUGCAGUAACAGGGUAUCAGCACCCAAGCGAAUCAGCGUCGGGUCACGCCAGUCAGUUCUACAUAGAUCUGCUGGACUCUAACAACAAGGAGCUAAGGCUGGAUGAGAAAGACGACGCUCUGUCAGACGUCCCUGAAGACGCGACCCUGGAGAUGGUGUGGAAGAACAACGAGCGCCUGAAGGAGUACGUGCUGGUGAGCUCCAAGGAGCUGGAGUAUGAGGAGGACCCCGGUUCUCUGAGUGAGACGGCCAGAGCCGGACACUUCACCCUGGAGCAGUGCCUCAAUCUCUUCACCAAACCCGAGGUGCUGGCGCCCGAGGAGGCCUGGUACUGUCCAAAGUGCCAGCAGCACCGCGAAGCCUCCAAACAGCUGCUGCUGUGGCGUCUCCCCAACGUCCUGAUCAUCCAGCUCAAACGCUUUUCCUUCAGGAGCUUCAUCUGGAGGGACAAGAUCAACGACAUGGUGGACUUCCCCGUCAGGAAUCUAGACCUGAGUAAGUUCUGCAUCGGCCAGAAGGACGAGAUGCAACAACCUCCCAUCUACGACCUGUACGCGGUCAUCAACCACUAUGGAGGGAUGAUCGGAGGACACUACACGGCCUACGCUCGCCUCCCGAGUGACAAGAACAGCCAGCGCAGUGACGUCGGCUGGCGUCUGUUUGACGACAGCACGGUGACCAUGGUGGAGGAGAGUCAGGUGGUGACGCGCUACGCCUACGUCCUCUUCUACCGCCGGCGGAACUCCCCCGUGGAGCGGCCGCCGCGCUUCCUCCGGCCCGUGGGAGCCGAGUCGCCCGCCGCCGCCGGAGCCACCGCCAGCCAGGCCUCUCUAAUAUGGCGGGAACUGGAGGAGGACGAGGAGGGGCUCGGCCGGGGGCCCCGCGGACUCUUCCGCUCGGCGCUGAGGAGGCGGCUCACGCGCAGGAGCAGGGAUGAGGAAGACGAAGACAAAGCGGAAGGGUCCGUGCGACGGCACCGCAGGCAGAGGAUGUCGGACUAUCCCGACGACGACUGCGUGCGAUACUUUGUUCUGGGCACGCUCACUGCAGUGCUCGCUCUGUUUGUCAACCUGGUCUAUCCUCUGUUCUACAAAGCCAACUGGACCUGAGCUAUAUGGUCCACAGAUAAUAAUUAUAAUAAAAGUUUUUAAUUAUAACACACUUUAAGAAUAAGAGCUAAGUGAGAUGUUUUAAACACGUAGAGUUAAACGGGGACAGAAACCGUCCCCGUGACUUAAGUCACUACAGCGCAUCGUACUUUUCCAUACCUGCAGUUUUUAGUGUCACAGUUUUGAUAUUUCUACUCAGAUGAAUCCUCUGUGACAUGUGACGGCCUUAAUCACCUGCUCUGUAUAUCUGGAUCUGUACAUGUGUCAUCCUACACCUAGAAACAGUAGUUUGCACAAAAAAAAAACCUCAACUGAAGGACCAGGGAGACUGUGAUGAGGAGGUUGGAAGCUCAAACUUUAGUUCUGCUGCACAAACACAACAAGUUUCUAUCUAGAAGUAAAAAACCUUCUAGUUUUUUGCUUGUGACCAACAGCUGUUGCCUUUUCCACUUCCUCAGAUAGAACUUAAAUAGAUUGUUGGGCUUUAAAAUGUCUGUUUCUGUCCAGCUGCCAUCUUGUUUUUUUUUUUUUUUCGUUAUGUAAAAUGUACAUUUUUACCAGCGUGUCCUGUAGUAAGAUUGGUUUUAUUUUCUUUAAUGUUUCUUCCUUUCAAAACGUUUUAUUUAACUCCUUCAAGCCAUAUUCUAACUGAAUGAUUUUAGCUUCUCAGGAUGAAUUGUGUUGCGUUGCCAGGUGACUAGGAAUUAACCGUCCACUCUGAAUGUAAUGUUGCUUCUGAUCGUGGACAGUUUGGAAACGUUAACGUUAAACCUACGAAGUCAUCGACACUUAACACGUUGGUGUCUCUUAGGCUCCAAACUGACCCCAGAUCGUUUAUUUUAGUGUGUGUUUGGUUCUCAGGGAAAUCUGUGCAAACCUUCGUUUGCCUUAAAGGCUUCACACACACACGAGAGCAUCAUCAGACCGUCUGUGGAGCGGUUUAUGCUGCUGUUAGUGGACGUCGUAACCUGCUUCAGCGUCAGACAUGAAAUGCUACAUUAAACAAAAUGCUAAUGCUUCUUGAAACUGGUAACGGCUCCACCCAGACACUAGUCAGCGCUGUGUCUUUUAUCUGUUUUUCUUUCUACUUCCUGCUUCACUUUCAACAUCAGCGACUUAAACUUUCCCUGGAAUUAGAAACACGAGUCGUACAAACAUCAGCGUGUUCCAUCUUUAUUCAUCAAAAAAUAACCGAUUUGAAAAGCAGGAAAACGCUAAAGAGGAAACACGCUAACGCUGAGCGGACCAAUCACAGCUCUUUGCUCGGUUUGGUUUCACGUCUGUGGAGCUGGUUCACACCAGGCUACGACGUCGGCGUCUGACGCAGAAGCAUAAACCGCCUGUAAUACUUGAGUAACACAUAUGCAACGUUGAAUGAAGUCUGUCAACUUUUUGAAGAAGAAAAAAAAAAGAAUCACUAUCUCGUGCACUAACGCGGUUUAGAUGAACUUGAAAAAUGUGAAAUGUCCCUGAACGUGAAUAUUGUCUUUGUUUCUUGUAAAUGCUCAUUGGUUUUAGUCGGGUUAACUGCAUUUAAAUGGAUCUGACUGAAGGAGAGAGAGGUGUGUGAGUGUGUGUGUGUAGUAUUAUUUAAUUGCAGAGAAUAAUCACGACUUGUAUUUUGUGAGAACUCUGUGUAAUAUAUAUUUUGAGUUGUUGCAAGUACUGUAUUUAAAAAGCUCCUGUUUUAAUUCAGCUGCAAUAAUGUGUCUGGAUACCUCCAUCUAAAUGCCAAUAUAUGAAGCUGUGUCCUCCUUCAGGAAAUAAAAUCUCCAUCAGUUCAUCUUAA